AUGUCUGAGUGGCUGUCUUCAGAUGUCUCGACCCGGUCCGGGACUUGUCCUUCGACCUCAGACUCUGUAAAGACCCGUCGUUUGUGGGGAAAGGCAUGCAAGCAAUGCCAGGAGUUGAAAAUAGCGUGUCGAGGCCGCUAUCCGUGUAACAGAAGAAGAAGGAAAGCUAUGGAUACAAACACUGACGUGUUGACCGUCGAAGACGAUUGGUGGAUUUUGGGACUGUUGGGCUCGAAGCCCCAUCUAGACGAAGUCUUCAAGCAUAUGGAUACAAAAGCAAUCGCGGAUAUCAUGUCCACAGGUUUCCAGGAAAUGCACCGAGAGAUGCAUGUCAUAUGCACCAAAGCCAUGGCUUAUCUCCGGGGAUGGAAGAUUUUGAGUCGUGGAGCCGGUGUCGACGUUACCCAUGGUCUGUACCAGGUCAUUGCGUCCACAUUGGGGAUGGUGUUGGAGGAGGGCUUUAGGAAUGAGGACGCACAUGAGCACGUUGCGUUGGUGCAGGGGCUAAGCAAGGACCUGCAGAAGAGCGAGGUCUUCAGAAGAGAGGACGACCAGACGCGAGCCAUGUAUAUGCACUAUUACAGACCGGAAGAUGGAAGCCUGGUGGGUGCGACCAAUGCGCGUAUGGAAGAGCUCUUUGGCGAGGUGGUGUUCUCGGUGGCGGGUCAGGUUCAGCUCCAAACGGAGUGGUCCUUGUUGUUCGCAGCCUUGGUAGCCCCCGAUGACCGACCAAUGUGGGUCCGUACGGUCUUGCAGCACAUGUUCAGGAGCAAGGAUGGGAAUCAGGACAGUAGGACGCAAGCCGAAGGGGAGACUGUCGAUGCGAAAAAGGCCACAUGCAUUAUCAAGGCCAUGAAUGGCCAAGGCGACAUAGGC